CGACGAUACAGAUUUAUAAAUAGGAUGACACUGAAAAGCACUGAAAACAAGUUGAGAGAUGAGCUGGAAAAUGCACGGACGACAUUGAAUACCAAUAACUGUCCAUGCCAUGUCGGAGAUCUAAAUCUUCCUCUCGAUCUGUUUUCUCUAUAAUAUAUUGAUUAAAUAUCAUAAAAGAAGGAAAUUAAACAAUGAACAAUGGGACCUCUUCAUCAUUGACUGUGAUCUAUGAGUAUCGGUAAGAGUAGUAACAUCCAUGUAUAUUGUUGUCAUUACUGGUCGAUCUUGAGCUCACAAUUAUGGAGCACACAGAGAAAAACCUUCUUCACAUAGCCAUGUUUCCAUGGCUAGCCUACGGCCAUCUCAUGCCGUUUCUCGAAGUCUCCAAGUUCCUAGCUCAACAAGGUCACCGCAUAUCCUUCAUCUCCACCCCUAAAAACCUCCACCGCCUCCCAACCUCCUCCUUAUCCCCGCUCAUCAAACUCAUCGAGCUUCCGAUGCCCGCCGUAGACGGCCUUCCUCAGUCGGCGGAGUCCACCGCCGACAUACCCAUCAACAAGGUCCCGUACCUCAAAAAGGCCUACGACAAGCUCGAGCUUCCUCUCACGCAUUGUCUCGAACAUUCCGACGUCGACUGGAUCGUUCAUGAUUUCGCGUCGCACUGGCUACCCCGAGCCGCGACUCGGCUGGGGAUCAACUCGGUUUACUUCACCAUCGUCAAUGCCACUUCCAUGGCCUUCUUUGGCCCGCCGUCGGAGCUUCUCGCCGGUCAACGCCAGCGGCCGGAGGACUUCACCGUCGUCCCUGAGUGGAUCGACUUUCCUGAUUUUAACGUGGCGUUUAAGCUGCAUGAGAUGGUCAGUCACUGGGACUCCAUGGAGGAUGAGGUCUCCGAUUUCCGGAGGUUGGCCGGUGUUAUUCAAGGUUGCGAUUUUGUGGCCACCAGGACCUGCCCCGAGUUCGACGGCGACUCACUGAGUUUGCUCCCGAUAUUGUACGGCAAACCGGUGGUUCCGGUCGGGUUGUUGCCCCCGGUUUUACAAGAGGACCAAUCGGAAGAUGACACGUGGCGGGUUUUGAGAGAGUGGCUCGAUAAGAGGAGAGAGAAGUCGGUGAUUUACAUCGCACUUGGCACGGAGGUGACUCUGAGUCAAGAAGCGAUGCACGAGUUGGCACGUGGGAUAGAGAAAUCCGGGUUGUGUUUUAUUUGGGUGUUGGGCAAUCGUCAAGUAGCUCAAGGUCCGGACAUAAUUCCUGUCGGGUUUGAGACCCGAGUUCGAGACCGGGGUUUGGUGUGGAGGGGUUGGGCUCCACAACUUAGGGUUUUGGGUCACUCGUCGAUUGGGGGUUUCUUGACUCAUUGUGGUUGGAGUUCGGUGAUCGAGGCGCUCGGGUUUGGUCGGGUGUUGAUUUUGUUUUCCGGGGCAAGUUCGGAUCAAGGGUUGAUUGCGAGACUGAUGCACAACAAGCGAGUCGGGUUGGAGAUACCGAGGGAUGAUCGAGAUGGGUCAUUUAGUAGUGAAGCAGUGGCCGAGUCGAUUAGACGAGUCAUGGUGGACAGAGAAGGGGAGCCACUCAGGGCAAAUGCUUGGGCCAUGAAGGAAGUUUUUGGCAACUUGGAUUUGAACAACAGGUAUCUGGAUGAGUUCACUCAAUUCCUUGAAACCUGGCCAGCUUCAAUGUCUUAAAUAAGUUUGUAUCUUUUUAAAGAAUUAAGUGUGUAUCAUUUUCUUUUAGAAACAUGUCAAUUUAUUGCAUUGAUUAACGAAAUUAUACACAAUGAUCUUACCCCCAUGGGGCUAUCAAUAGAGUCAUUACCUAAGCAAU